UCCGGAGUUUGUCUGGAGGAAACGUUUCUGUGGUUUAGUGAAAAUGUCUAAAGUCCAAAUGCUGAGAUGUUUUGUCAACCAGCGACUAACUGCGGCUGCUGAAGAGAUAUUUGAUCUGUUUGAAAGAACGAUAGCAGAGUACGAGGAGGAACGUUUUGCUUUAAAAGAGCAGAACGAGCGACAACGGAAACUCCUGGAUGCUGUUUUCAACCCUCAGCUGCGGUUACACAGAGCAGAUGUCCAGCAGCUGUUGGUGGUUCAAGAAGAGGUUCCCCCUGAGCAGCAGGAGUGGAGCUCCGGUCUGGACCAGGAGGACCCAGAGCCCCCACACAUUAAAGAAGAACAGGAGGACCCAGAGCCCCCACACACUAAAGAGGAACAGGAGGACCUAGAGCCCCCACACAUUAAAGAGGAACUCUGGACCAGUCAGGAGGGAGAGCAGCUUCAAGGUCUGGAGGAGGCAGAUGUCAAGUUCUCAUUCACUCCUGUGAAGAGUGAAGAUGAUGAAGAGGAAGCUCAGUCCUCACAGCUUCAUCACGGCCAAACUGAACAGAUGGAAACAGAUGCUGAUGGAGAGGACUGUGGAGGACCAGAAGCAGACAGGAAGUCAGGUCCAGAUAGACAACCAGAUACUGAUGACAAUGGAAACUCUUCUGUCACUGAUGGCAGUGAUAAUUGGAAGGAGACCAGAGAACCUCAGUCAGGUUUAAACUCUUUGAAACCUGAUGAAGUCCAUGUCAGUGAUUCAAGAUGUAGUGCUGGUGAGAAACUAUUUAUGUGCUCCGAGUGUGGGAAAACAACUGGCAAGAGUGGAAAUCUGAAGACACACAUGAGAACCCACACAGGAGAGAAACCUUUCAGCUGCUCAGUUUGUAAGGAAUCUUUUAAACAGGGUUCAACUUUAAAGAGACACAUGAGAAUUCACACAGGAGAGAAACCUUACAGCUGCUCCGUUUGUAAGGAAUCUUUUAAACAGGGUUCAACUUUAAAGAUACACAUGAGAAUCCACACAGGAGAGAAGCCUUUCAGCUGCUUAGUUUGUAAGGAAUCUUUUAAGCAGUGUUCACAUUUACAAACACACAUGAGAAUCCACACAGGAGAGAAAACUUUCAGCUGCUCAGUUUGCAAGAAAUCUUUUAAGCAGGGUUCACAUUUACAGAAACACAUGAGAACCCACACAGGAGAGAAACCUUUCAGCUGCUCAGUGUGUAAGAAAUCUUUUAACCAGCGGUCACCUUUAAAGAUACACAUGAGAAUCCACACAGGAGAGAAACCUUUCAGCUGCUCAGUGUGUGAUAAAAGAUUUCGGCACAAGUCAGCUCUGAAGUCACACAUAAUCACUCAUACAAGAGACAACCGGCUUUAGUGGUCCUGUUUGUAUACAAAAGGUAAAUCUGACACACCAAAUGGCACAUAACGCUGUCCUCACACACAAUUAGCCCCCGCUUGUGAUCAGUGACACAAUAAACCUUGAUUGCUCUGAGAGAUCCAUGCUUUGUUUAAGUUGACGCUCUGAAGGCAAAUCACUGUCAAAUCACUGCGAAACUCCCUCCCGCGCUCAUAUUAUAUACAACUACAUUAUAUCGCUUCU